AUGGGACCCCGAUAUGAAAAGGGAUACACCCAACGAAAGAAUGUUGAAACACACAAAAACGAGGGGAAUGGUCCGGUCUAUCUCAUCUAUUACCCAAAACAAAAAAGUCAGGACAAUCGACCUCUUGGCGUAGAGGUUCAGCCUCACGCCCGCGCCGCAGAACUCGCUCGAGUUGCCACGGCACGUCAUCUUGCACUGGCUCUCGGAGAUGUUGGCUCCAGGGGUGGCGCCGGUGUAGCCGGCCCAGUUGAGCUUGUUGUCACACCAGCACUGGCCGCCGUACUCGAGACCUGCGUAGUUGUAGUUGUAGCACAUGGAGAGGCAGGUCUCGACCGUCAUGGUCUUGGUAUCGGCCAUCAGGUUGACCAGGAGACGGCCCUUGGACGGCUCCGACACGCAGUGGUAACGGGAGCGAGCGAGGAGCUCGUCGAGGUGCUGGAGCUGCUGCUGGACGAAGACCUGCUGGACGACGAAGAGCUGCUGGAGGUCGUCGUGGGCGUCGCACUGCUCGAAGUGGAGCUAGUCGUCGAUGUUGACGAGACAGUUGACGAGGAACUGCGGCUUGAGCUCGAGCUGGAAGUCGAGGUCGAGGAGACAGUCGAUGACGAGCUAGACGACGAUGACGAGGUCGUGCUGGUUACCGAGCUAGAGCUAGAGCUGCUUGAUGAACUGGACGAGCUUGUCGAAGUAGACGACGGCGAGCUGGUCGAGGAGCUGCUGGACGAGCUGCUGGAAGACGAGGACGAAGAUGAGCUCGAGCUCGAGCUCGAGGACGAAGUCAAGGUCGAAGAGGACGAGCUUGAGCUAAGCUGGAGCUGGAGCUGGAGCUAG